AUGGUGAAGAAAGACAAUGGGAAGUGGAGGAUAUGCAUCGACUUCACUGACCUAAACAAAGCUUGCCCCAAAGACAACUUUCCUCUACCAAGGAUCGACCAAUUCAUUGACGCAACGGCAAGCCAUGAACUCCUGAGCUUUAUGGAUGCCUUCUCAGGGUACAAUCAGAUCCGAAUGCACCCCAACGACCAGAAGAAAACAACUUUCAUCACUGACUGCGACUUAUAUUGCUACAAAGUGAUGCCCUUUGGCCUCAAGAACGUCGGUGCCACUUACCAACGGCUGGUGAAUGAGGUGUUCAAGAAUCAGCUCGAACGAAACGUAGAAGCAUACAUCGGCGACAUGCUAGUGAAGAGCAUAAAGGCCGAGCAUCACCUUAUUGACCUAAAAGAAGUCUUUGGUACCCUUAGGAAGUAUAAGAUGAAGCUAAACCCAACCAAAUGCACUUUCGGGGUUGGCUCAGGUAAAUUCCGGGGGUUCAUGGUGACACAAAGGUGGAUUGAGGCGAAUCCAGAGAAAAUACAGGCCAUCCUCGACAUGCAAUCGCCCUGA